AUGGCUCGACGGCUAAUCAAUAGUGGUUUAUUUUCGAUUAAUAAAAGUUUUUCAAGUCCAACAUUUAUAAUCAAUAGAACAGCUUCAUCAAAUAUUGCUGUAAAUAAAUUGAAAAUCUUAGGUGUUGGUGCAGGUACUAAACCCAUAGAAAAAAUGCAGAAAACUUUAACGGAAAAGGGAUAUAACAAUAUCAAACUUUUGGGCCUUUACAACACGGAAGAAAGUGAUCAGAAAUUGAUAGCAGCACUGAAAGAAAAGCAGUGGGAUGCAGUUACCAUUGGUAGUUAUGUUAACGGUUUCGAUCAAGCUGCACACUAUCAAGAAGAGGGUGUGUCUACAGAUCGUACAGAUAUACUUCUUUGGUUUAAUCGUGUUUUAAAUCUUGUACAUGAAUCUGCACCAAAAUCAAAAAUUGUUCUUCUUAAAGGGCCCCACGAUUUUCAUGAUGCAAUACAAAGAAUCAUGGGUGCCGAACAAAAAUAA